AUGGAAUCUUUUGAAUUUGUAAUUUUAAUGACAAUAUGGGAAAAAGUUUUGAAACCAUUGUCUGUAGUUUCUAAAAUUUUACAGAGUCCACAAACUAGUUUACAUCAAGCUGUAGAAUAUUUACAAGUAUGUAUUGAAGCAAUUAAAAAAAUGAGGAAUAGUUAUGAAGAACUGGUUUCUUCAGCAACAGAAUUAUGUUCAAAAUGGGGAAUAUCUAUAAUACAAGAAAAUAAACGAAAGAAAUUUGCAAAGAGGCAGUAUGAUAGUAUUGAUAAUGAUAAACGAUUAUACACAAUUGAAGAAAACUUUCGCGUUUCCGUUUUUUGCCCCUUACUGAUACUGCUAUAUUUCAAUUACAAGAGGGUUUCAAAGGACUUGAAACAGUUUCAAGAAAUUUUGACUUUUUACAACCACUGA